GGAGUGGACUGUCCUUCAAUCCUGACACACGGAAAAACCCCGUCAAGGCUCCCGCCAGCAGCUCAGACACAAUGUCCUCCCCGUCUCUCCCCAUGCCGUCGCUUCCACCAAGCCCCCUCGCCAUGGAGUAUCUCAACGACUUUGACCUCCUGAAGUUCGAGGUGAAAUCUGACACACCUCCGCUCCCUCCUCCAUGUGCGUAUCCCAAAUCUGGCCUCCCCAACGACCCCUCCAGCUCCCCAUACACCGGCCACCCUCCACAGGACUCCAGUCUGAGCUCCAGCCCUUACAACUCACUCCCGCCUUCGCCAACGCUCAGCGACGCCCAUCCGCCGCCUUCGGGCUCGUCUUCGCUCUCCUCAUCGUCCUCCUCCAUCUCCUUCCCCCUCUCGGUAUCCAACAGCUUCACCUCGAGCAUCAGUUCCGGCUCCCAGGGGAAUGUCGGAAGCAGCCCGACUCACGGCGGCCCUCAGGGUCCCACCCCGGCCUCUCUGGAGGACCUCAUCUGGCUGGCGGCGCUGCAGCAGCAGUUUGGAGGGGAGGUGACAGGGCCCGCCACUUUGCUGGGAGCCUUGGGGGGAGUUCCGGAACGAGGAGACAGAGAGAGGGGGUCGGUAAACGGUUUUCUGGGCUGUGAGGAUGCGGUGGAGGCUUUGCUGAACUCGGCCGCUGCGGCCGUCAGCUCACAGUUCCCGGGUCUUUCUCAAAGUUCAAGCAGCAACCUGGGAGACUCCAGCAGCGACAGCGGCGGUGACAUUUCCUGCAGCAAGGCGGCCGACAUGUGCCACCGCCCGCUCGUUUUCCUCUCGUCAGGCCCUCCCUCGCUUGCCAAUGCUGCUCCAGGCUCUGCUCCCUAUCCACAGCCCCUCAGCCCCCAGGCACGCCUCCAUCACCACCAGCACCACCACCAUCAGCAUCACCCCCAUCACCCCAUGCAUGGCAGCCAUCAUCAUCACCACCACCCGCAGGUCAAUCAGUGCGGGGUGAACGAGCGUUUCUCUGAUGAGCAGCUGGUGAGUCUGUCGGUGCGCGAGCUGAACCGACACCUGCGUGGAGUGAGCAAAGACGAGGUGGUGCGCCUCAAGCAGAAACGCCGCACACUAAAGAACCGUGGCUAUGCCCAGUCCUGCCGCUACAAGCGCUUACAGCACCGCCACGCUCUGGAGUCGGAGAAGCACGUGCUCACGCAACAGUUGGAACAGCUACAGUGCGAGCUGACUCGGGUGCUCAGGGAGAGAGACGCCUACAAGGCUCGCUACGAGAAGCUCCUCAGCACGAACCACAGCACCGCCAGCGAUGCACCGCCACCCCGCACCAGCAACCCACCUUCCCCGCCCCCUGACUACUUCCUCUGA